CCGAUUCGGUGGAACUGAAGCGUCGAAGCGUCAGUUGCAUGUCAGACGUCGUUCCGGUCGGACCGUUCUUGUGUUCUUCGAUUCGUGCAGGACGGUAUGGAGAACCAGCAGGUGUGGGUGCGGGACCCUCAAGAGGGUUUCAUAAUCGGCAAGUUCGCGGACAUGGUUGACGGGGAUGCGUUGAUCGUUCCACUAGAUCCAAAAUAUCCACAGCGCACCUGUCCGUUGGAAGAAGUCUAUCCUGCUGGCGAAUACACGAAAGACGUCGAAGACAAUUGCGCUCUGAUGUACCUGAACGAGGCCACGCUGCUGAACAACAUACGGACUCGUUAUUUCAAGGAUAGAAUAUACACUUAUGUUGCCAAUAUUUUAAUAGCUGUAAAUCCCUAUUGCGAAGUAAGAGACCUAUACUCGCCUCAAACUAUCAAAGCCUAUCAAGGAAAAUCAUUGGGAGAAACACCUCCACAUGUUUUUGCUAUUGCCGACAAGGCAUUCAGGGAUAUGAAGGUACUGAAACAAUCGCAGAGCAUCAUUGUUUCUGGAGAAUCUGGAGCUGGCAAGACUGAAUCAACCAAGUAUCUUUUACGGUAUCUCUGUGAUCUGUGGGGAUCAACGGCUGGACCAAUUGAGCAAAAGAUUUUAGACGCAAAUCCGGUAUUGGAAGCUUUUGGAAAUGCGAAGACCAAGCGGAACAAUAACAGCUCCCGCUUUGGUAAAUUUAUGGAGGUGCAUUUUGAUUCAAAGUGCCAGGUGGUCGGUGGUUAUAUUUCUCACUAUCUGUUGGAAAAGUCAAGAGUAUGCCUUCAAAGUCCGGACGAGAGAAACUAUCAUGUUUUUUAUAUGAUGUGCGCUGGUGCACCUCCUGAACUUCGCGCGAGACUCGGAAUUACAAAACCGGAUGACUUUCAUUAUCUAAAGAAUGGCUGCACACAAUACUUUUGUAACGAAGAGUCGGAGAAGAAGCUAAACGACGUUCAAAAGAGUCGCGAUCAAGUUAUGAAAGGCAGUUUACAUGAUCCUAUUUUGGACGAUGUUGAAGGAUUCAAUGCUAUUGACCAGGCCUUGACUAGACUCGGUUUAACGGAAGCAGAAAGGAUGGAAAUUUACACUAUGGUGGCUGCGGUACUUCACCUUGGAAAUAUUAUGUUCGAAGACAAUCCUGAAGACACCAAAGGUGGUUCCAGAAUAUGUGCUAGUUCCGAGAAGGCGGUGUUAAUGACAGCGAAGCUGUUGGCUGUAGAUCCUGAGGAGCUUAGACAAGCUUUAGUCUCGAAAGUGAUGCAGACUAGUCGAGGUGGUAUCAAAGGAACAGUUAUUAUGGUACCAUUGAAAGUUUAUGAAGCUAACAACGCUAGAGACGCUUUGGCGAAAGCUAUUUAUAGUAAAUUAUUUGACCACAUCGUAGCUCGUAUUAACAAAAGUAUACCUUUUAAGGCUUCUAGUUACUACAUUGGAGUUCUAGAUAUCGCUGGAUUUGAGUAUUUUAAAGUAAAUAGUUUUGAACAAUUCUGUAUAAAUUACUGCAAUGAAAAAUUGCAACAAUUUUUCAACGAAAGAAUACUGAAAUAUGAACAAGAUCUUUAUGCCAGAGAAUCCCUUAAUGUACCGAAGAUAUCUUAUGUUGAUAAUCAAGAUUGCAUUGAUUUAAUUGAGUCAAAGAACAUGGGAAUCUUUAGUUUAUUAGAUGAAGAAUCAAAAUUGCCAACUCACAGUUUUGCACAUUUUACUAGCGAAGUUCAUCGAGUUUGGAACGGCCAUUUUAGGAUAACUUUACCACGAACUUCUCGUUUAAAGGCUCAUAGAGAAUUGCGUGACGAUGAAGGAUUUGUAAUUCGUCACUAUGCCGGUGGUGUUUGUUAUCAAACGAACCAGUUUAUUGAGAAAAAUAACGAUGCGUUACACGCAUCUUUGGAAGCAUUAAUUCAAGAAAGUAAUAACAAGUUCCUUAGAACGCAGUUCGCUAAUAAUUCUUGCCAGAAAGGGAAACUAACUUUCAUCAGCGUUGGUAGCAAAUUUAAAACGCAGCUUGGGGAAUUGAUGAAUAAAUUGAAAAGCAACGGAACAAAUUUCGUUCGUUGUAUUAAACCGAACAACGAUAUGGUGGAUCAUCAGUUCGAUGGAAACAGUAUUUUAGGACAGCUCCGUUGUUCCGGUAUGACAUCUGUCUUAGAACUCAUGGAACACGGUUACCCAAGCAGAGUUCCGUUCCAGGAACUCUAUAACAUGUACAAAUCGUAUCUUCCUCCAGAACUAGCGAAGCUGGAGCCCAGAUUCUUCUGCGAAGCGUUGCUCCACAGCUUGAAAUUAAAUAAAAAAGAUUUCAAAUUCGGAAUCACUCGAGUCUUCUUCAAACCAGGAAAGUUUGCUGAAUUCGAUAAGAUCAUGAAAUCUGAUCCCGAGAACUUGAGGAAAUUGGUAGCCAACGUAAAGAAAUGGCUGCUCAAAUCCCGAUGGAACAAGAUGCAGUUUUGUGCAUUGUCUGUGAUCAAACUGAAGAACAAGAUCAUUUAUCGAAGACAACAUUUGAUAAUCUUACAGAAAACAGCAAGAAUGUACAUAGCCAAGAAACAGCAUCGACCACGUAUAAAGGGUAUCAUGAAAAUUAAAAAUCUGAGGACGCAACUUGUUAGUAUGGAAGAAACGUCGAAACAGUUGAAGAAUCGUGAAAAGUCCAUGAGCGAUAUUAAGAGAUUGCAAGACGAUUUGGAAGCGGCGAUCAAGAAGAUUAAGGACAAUACAAGAAUACGAGCGACAGAAAUCGAUUCUCUCUACACGAGUUUGGUUAAUCAAGUGAACAAACAAAUGGCGUCGCUUCAGGAUAUGGUCAGACAACAGAAGAUUGCUGAAGAACAGGCAAAGUUGAGGAAGAUUCAACAGGAAUUGGAGCUUGAAAAACAGAAGAAAGAAGAAGAGGAACGACAGAAGAGAGAAGAAGAAGAGAACAGGAAAAAGAAACACGAGAUUGAGAUGAGAAGAAAAGCUGAAGAAGAACAGAAGAGGAGACAAGAGGAGGAGGAUAAAAAAACUGCUGCAGCUUUGCAAGUACAACUGGAGAGAGAAGCGAUGGAAGAGAACAGAUACCGUGAAUUAUUGGAACAGGAAAGAAGAGAUCAUGAACUGGCAGUCAGAUUAGCUCAAGAAUCCAAUGGCCAAGUUGAAGAUUCACCGCCUCCUGUUCGAAGCGGUUCCGAUGUACGAGUACCAUCGAACAACAACAGGCUAGCAAGGUCGGAGCAGGUGCGCAACAAUCAAGCUGCUAUGUCUAACAAAAAAUACGACUUAUCUAAGUGGAAAUACUCGGAACUACGAGAUGCUAUCAACACAUCAUGUGAUAUUGAGUUAUUAGAGGCUUGUCGUCACGAGUUCCAUCGAAGAUUAAAGGUUUAUCAUGCAUGGAAGGCAAGAAAUCGCAGACGAAUAACAAUGGAUGAAAAUGAAAGAGCUCCGAAAUCGAUCAUGGAAGCCGCUGCUAAAACACCAAGAACUCAGACGAAACAAACGAUAGUCGAGUCCUCGCAGCGAUAUUUCAGAAUACCGUUUGUGCGGCCAGCUGCUCCUGGACAGUAUGACAAUUCGCACACAUCCGCUAAGCGAGGAUGGUGGUAUGCUCAUUUUGAUGGUCAGUACGUUGCUAGGCAGAUGGAACUUCAUCCUGAUAAAGCACCAAUUCUACUAGUUGCAGGUAUUGACGACAUGCAAAUGUGCGAAUUGAGCCUGGACGAAACGGGUUUAACCAGGAAACGCGGAGCCGAGAUUUUGGAACAUGAGUUCAAUCGUGAAUGGGAAAAACAUGGUGGUAAAUCAUACAUUCCUCCAUGCGAUCGCAAGAAAUGAAAAGUCCAUUUGAACGUCCGUCGUACAUACAAAAAUAAUUCUAAGCAUGAACUAUAAGUUUUUAUAUCGAUCCAUAUUACAUGUAACAGAGUGCCUUAAAAUUUAUAUUUGACCUCUGGAAAAGGCAAAUUUUUGGAAAGUAUGAUGAUAUUUUGCUGCUGAUUGUUGAGAAUAUAAAUUGAUAAUGAGAAUUUGUAAAUUUGCGCGUCAAGGGAUAUGGUACGAUGUAAAACGAACGGAUGUUGGGAUAUGUUGUAAACAUGUAUAUCUUAAUGAGAUGAUGAUCGAUUUGAAUGCACGUGUCAACGAUUUCUAAUGAUACAUAUUAUAUAUUCAGUAUUGAAAGCUAGUAUAAAUUUACAUGGAAAAUUUUAUAAUUGAAAACGUGAUGAGAACCUUGAAGCAUGAGACAAGGAAUGAAUAUUCGCAAAAAAGAUCUCAUUAAAAUUGGAUUUGCAAUAAAGAUUCGAUAUAAGCGUAAAAGUUAUCCCAUUAGUGGUCAAGAAGACAGAAAUCAAGUCAAGAAGUUCGUUCAACGAGAAAUGUAAUGUGAUAAAUAUACAAAUAUAAAACUUUA